AUGUGUGAGAAAUGUCUACAGUCUCAUAAUGGAUACAUUGGAUUUCGAGAUCAUGUUGUCCUGACAAUGGAAGAACUAUCACAGCCAGAGAAUCGAUCAAAAAUUAAAGGAAAAUCAUAUUGCAAGAAACAUCCAAGUAAAAAGUUGAAGCUAUAUUGUGAAACAUUAGUCCAGUCAAUCUGUGACCAGAGGCCAAAGAAAUUGCAAUAGAAUUUUUUUUCAGUGGUAAAAUUUCAGUGAGAGAAGGUGUCCUGAUUAACAUACUAAAAAUCCCAAAAAAUCCUUUCGGUAGAACAUGGUGAAAAUCGAGUUUUUCUUACUUCUACCUAUAGAAAACCAUUGUGGACAGAAUGUUCAAAUUUUGAAAUCAUUUUUAGGCAAAUGUAACCUACAUUAUUGGAAAACUUAGAAAAAACUAAAAUAUAGAUCAUUAAACGGUUAUAUUCAAUUUACUGGUAAGUUUGUCGUUAUUUUGGCUCAAAGUUGGAAAAAUAGUGCAAAAUUUGCACGAAAUACAAAUUUAUGGCAUUUUAAAUCUUGUAUAACUUCGCCUGGAUAGGCAAAAGCAAGAUAACCGUUAAUUAUUUAUAUUCUAGUUUUUUCUAAGCUUUCCAAUAAUGUAGGUUACAUUUGCCUAAAAAUGAUUUCAAAAUUUCAACAGAAUGUCCACAAUGAUUUUCUAUAGGUAGAAGUAAGAAAAACUGGAUUUUCACCAUGUUCCACCGAAGGGAUCUUUUGGGAUUUUAGUAUGUUAAUCAUGCAGAACAACUUUUCUCACACUUUACCACUGAAAAGAAAUCUAUUGCAAUUACUUUGAUCAGGACCAUGUACUUAUUUGAUUGGACUACAUGCGAGGAGUUGAUCUAUACGUAUUGUAUAGUUUUUGAACACGUGCGACCUGACAUGUGUGCUCUCCACUUGAGGAAAUCGCAGAAAGGAAACGCGAGGAAUUAAAAAGAAUAUGCGAGACUCUUGAAAGUAACAAAAGUCACAGCAACCGACAAUACGAUGAGUUGGCAGUCACUUCAUUCUACUUGGAUAACAAUUUAGAAGUAAAGAGCAAUAUACAAAAGAGGAAAAAAAGUGUCUUGAAACGUAUAAUGAACGUCUUGGAAACGAAAGCGCAAUCCCUCAUCAAACAACCGAAAACACUGCCACAGUAAAAAACCAAACAAUUGAUGAGGAAUUAAAGAGAAUUUCCGACCACAAAGCAGGACAAAGGAAGGCGUAUGAUAUAGCAAAGGCGCUCAUUGAAAAUGGAAGCAACGAGGAAAUCAUGUUAUCACACAAGUCAGUUCAGCAAAGUGUAGAAAAAAGUGAGAAAGGAUAUGAAAGAAAAGAGAUAGAUGAUAAGGUGCCUCAAUAUAGCAAUGAAGAACUGGAUAAGAUGUGUUAUGAUGAAAUCAAAGAAAAUAAGAAAAGUAAAGGUGGGUAUAUUUUUACAUCUUUUGUUAACACUCUCACCAGAUACUGUAGAACUGAUAAACCUUCGCCCUCUAUAUAUGUCACAAAUUAAAUUAUGUAUUUACUGAAGACAAAACUGCCUGUACAGGAUACCUAAUUUAAACAACAAGAAAUUAUUACUCUCUUAGGUACACAAGGAGGAAUAGUCAACCUGAGUCAGAUGUGGAAUCGGUCGCCACAACGUGUUACGUUCGAUGCCAAAACAGGGAAAUUGGUCGCUACUGACGCACAUUGUCAUUUAUCAGAAGACAAUCAAAUAUUUGUACAAAUGGCAUGCGCAGGUUUUGUAUGUGGCCCAGUAGAUGAGUUGCCGUAUAUGUUACGACUUCUUAAAUGGUUCAAUGUUCUACGGAUCCUGAAAUUCAUACAUUUUCUUACUGUUCCACAAAAAGUGCACUAA